AUGGCCGCCCAAGGUCCCUCGGCUCUCCCUCCCACAACCAUUAUCUCAUCCCGACCGAUCUCCCAGUCGGCUGCCCACGACUUCCUCGCGGCGUACCUCGACCGUGCUGCGACGGAUCCCGCCCUCCAACCCAACGCCGGAAUCAGUGAACAUGGCCCCUUGUCGCGCACCACGGCCGCCGCCCCCAAUCUGAUGCUGCACAAUCUGAAGCGCGUGCAGGCCGGUUUGGCUGGCGAGGUCCUGGGUCGGGACCUGACCCUGGCGAAGCUCAUGGCCGGAGAGGACGGCGAUGCGCAGCAGCAGACCACCGAGGCGGAGCAGGGCGAAGAUUGGGAAGAUGCCCAGAAGUUUCAACAAGAAGGUGAGGCCCUGGAGGGCUCGCAGGAUCCGAUGGACGCAGAUGUCAACAUGGAGCAAGAUCAAGAGGGCACCGCAUCGGGGGCCAUCGACAAGGAAGAGAGGAAGCGCCUGAAGAAGGAGCGUAGAUUGGCAGAGAAACGGGCCAAGGCCAAGGCCGACACCGAUGCCUGA